AUGGCCACUGCGUCGUCGUCCUCGAUCCUGCCAACGUCGCACCCGCCGUCCGUGGAGCGCACGAAGGGCCCCACCGGCCUCGAGAAGCUCGUCCUUCGCGAGUCACGCGGUUGGUCCGCGGAGGUCCAUCUAUAUGGAGGUCAAGUAACCUCUUGGAAGAAUGACCAUGGAGAGGAGUUGCUUUUUGUGAGCAGCAAGGCCAUUUUCAAGCCUCCAAAAGCAAUCCGUGGUGGAAUACCUAUUUGUUUUCCCCAAUUUGGAACACAUGGAAAUCUUGAGAAACAUGGAUUUGCAAGGAACCGUUUCUGGGCUAUUGAUGACAAUCCUCCACCUUUCCCAGUAAACACUGCUAUAAAAACUUUUGCUGAUCUCAUUCUGAAGCCUUCUGAAGAAGAUCUCAAGAUUUGGCCUCACAGCUUUGAAUUUCGAUUAAGAGUUGCUCUUGCGCCUAGAGGAGAUUUGAUUCUCACUUCUCGAAUCAGAAAUACAAAUAUUGAUGGAAGACCUUUCUCAUUUACUUUUGCAUACCAUACGUACUUCUCGGUAUCUGACAUAAGUGAAGUACGUGUUGAAGGGUUGGAGACCUUGGACUACCUUGACAACCUUCAUGCAAAAGAGCGAUUCACGGAGCAAGGAGAUGCAAUUGUGUUUGAAGCAGAGAUUGACAAAAUUUAUUUAGACGUGCCACCAAAAGUUGCAAUAAUUGGUCAUGAGAAGAAAAGAACAUAUGUCUUAAGAAAAGAUGGGCUUCCGGAUACUGUUUUAUGGAACCCAUGGGAUAAGAGGUCAAAAAUCAUGCAAGAUUUCGGGGAUGAAGAAUAUAAACACAUGUUGUGCGUGGAACCUGCAACUGUUGAGAAACCCAUUACCUUGAAACCUGGUGAAGAGUGGAAAGGAAAGAUGGAGCUCACAGCUGUUCCUUCCAGUUACUGUAGUGGACAGUUAGAUCCAGAUAAGGAACGGCCAGCGUCGCUUACAUUACUUGGUGGCUGCCCUAGUGUUGAAGCUGUUUCAACUUACUAG